UGGUUAUGGAGAUGAAGGAAAAUAGGUUGGCAAAUGCACGGGAUAAAAAUAGAUUAUUCUAAGUGCUUUUACCGGUGUAAUAGAGUAAAGUAAACCAAUAUAUCUUUAUGUAGGUUGAUCGUAAGCUAUAUGAAAGCGAGUUCUCAAACAGUACAGAAACAUUUUAACUCUUAUUGUACUUUUUUUUUUUUUUUUUUCGAUGUCUUACAUUUAUAUUUUGACAACAUUGUAUCUGGAAAAACAUGGAAACGACUUUUAUUUCCCGAUUUUGAAUGGAUGUCUGCCCAGCUGUUGUGAAAGAGAAGAGGCGGUAUUUCUUUAUACAGCAGCCUGAUUUUUAAUGAGUUUCAAAAGGCAAGAGCCAAGCAUUGCAGAAUGCCUCACAAGAUAGGGUUUGCAGUGGUCAGCUCCUCUGGAAAUGAGGAUGGCUACAGUGCCAAGGAGCUGAUGGUUCAUGCACCUACUGUGAAUGGAUGGAGAUCUACCAGGUCUUGCUUGUAUCCCCAAGUAAUUAUCCUUCAGCUGGUGGAACGUUGCCGGAUUCGGAAACUCCAGUUACUGGCUCACCAGUACAUGAUCUCUGCUAAAAUCGAGUUCUACGUCAAUGACAGCUUACCAGAGUACUUUUCACCCAAUCAGUCAGACAGGUUCCAAAGACUUGGGUAUGUAUCGUUAUCAGACAAUGAAAAGACAGGUUUUAAAGCUCGGGAAUUGAAGUCUGUCCAUGUAGAUGCCGUGGGACAAUACCUGAAACUCAUCUUCCAUAAAAACCAUGUGAACCGCUACAACCUGUACAAUCAGGUUGCUUUGGUUGCAGUAAAUGUUCUCGGAGAUGCUGUGGAUGGCGAAAUGGAGAGCACCCCCACAAAAGAGCAGCUGAUUGAACAUUACCUUCACAACACUCAUGAGGAUUCUGCUCUGGAUGGAACCUAUCUAGGUAAACUGGACUCGAUAUCCCCUCUGGAUGACCUGGCAUUUGAUAUGUAUCAGGACCCGGAAGUGGCUCAGAUAAUCCGCAAGCUGGACGAGAAAAAACAAGACGCAGUCCGAAUGGAGCGCUACGACCUUGCCAAGAAACUCAAGCAGGCUAUAGCUGACUUACAAAAGGUUGGGGAACGCUUGGGUCGGUACGAGGUGGAGAAACGCUGUGCUGUUGAGAAGGAGGACUAUGAUGUAGCCAAACUGAAGAAACAGCAGAUGGACGAGUAUCGGCGGAAGGUGUAUCUGGAGAUUGAGCUGCACAGCCUGCUUGAUAUGGGUCCGAUUCAGAGAACUGAAGAAUUCCCCUUGGAGCCACUGGGUUACUCUAGCAGUCCUCGGCAGCCGAAGCCGAAAGAGUCAUCAAAGCAUAAACAAGGGAAGCGCAUUGAAAAAGCUCCCAAAUCUGAACCAGAGCGUGUCUCUCCAAACCCUACUCCUCCACAGCGCACCCCAACCCCUCCACCCACUCCCCAACCACAGCCUCCGGUACCCAAGAUCAAUAUUGAUGCCCUGCCGUACGAUGAGAGACCCCUACCUGCUCUGCGCAAACAGAUGGGAGAGACUCAGAACCAGCUGCCAGAGCCGGAAACCCCAGAGUCUGCCACAACUGCAAGGAGCACAGGCAUCACCGGAGAGCCGGAGCCCAUGACAGAGAAGGCUGUGAGGGAGGCCAGUUUCCCCAUAGAAGUGUACGGAGAGGGCUUGGUUGCAGGAGCCUACUCUAAGACCUGGUCUUACCGGGAGGAUGCCCUGCUGGCAGUCUAUAAGAAGCUGAUGGAGGUCCCAGCUGGAACUUCCAAGGAUGACCUGAAGACAAUGAUGCGAGCUGCUGUCUUUCUUGUACGGAAAGCCCUAGUGGACAAGGUUGCAUCUGUAUUCCAAGCCUCUCUGAAGCUUUUGAAGAUGAUAAUUACCCAGUACAUUCCUAAACACAAACUGGGUAAAGUGGAGACCAGUCACUGUGUGGAAAUGAGCCUACCCUACCUGAUUGCUAAAACUGGAGACUCUACCACCCGGCUUCGCGUUGUGGCUACAGAUUUCAUCAAGGAGAUGGCACUGUUUAAAGAGGUCAUGCCGCUACAGGCCAUCCCUGUGGAGCUGGUAAAGCCUCUGAAACCCAGUACCCUGGCUCGGCUAGCCCUGAGCCAGCUGGAGCUGCUGGAGCGCCUGCUGAAAGACCUGGGCACUGACAACUCCGGCUUCACCAUGGACAACGUCAUGCGGUUUGCGGUGGGGGCUCUAGAGCACAGUGCGUCGGAAGUGCGGGACACAGCGGUGAGAAUAAUCCAGAUCAUGUACCGGAAAAACAAGAGCGCUGUCCUGGAAUACCUCCCUGCAGACGACGCCAACACCCGCAGAAACAUCCUCUACAAAAACAUGUUCGAUGGGUUUGCAAAGAUAGACGGUCGACCGACUGAGACGCAGGCGAAAACUGAGAAGAAGGCUGCCACACAGGAGGCAGAGAAACAGAAGAAAGAGGAGAUUCGAGUCCUUCAGGAACAGCUGGCCGCCCUGAAGGAGAUCCAGUCAGGGCAAGCGAGCAAGGGCAAGGAGCGGGACACCCACAAGCCCGCUAAAGCAGCGGGGAAGAAGGCUCCUCUUGUCCCACCCCCUGACAUUGGGGAUGACCAGUCUUCCAUUGCAAAUUAUUUAGAUAACCUGUGUAUAUUUUGUGGAGAGAGAGAUGACUCGUUUAAUGAGGAAGGCUUGGAUCUUCAUUACUGGAAGAACUGUCCCAUGCUGAGGCGCUGUGAACACUGCAGACAGGUAGUGGAGAUAGCCAGCCUUAUGGAUCACUUACUGACAGAGUGUGAUAAGAAGGACAGCUUUGGGAAGUGUCCGCGCUGCACUGAAGCCAUUCCCAAACAAGAGCUGACUGAACACGUCAGAGCUAAAGCAUGUACCCCUGCAAAGUCGGAUAAAGUAGCCAACCACUGCCCGUUGUGCCACGAGAACUUCGCACCAGGAGAAGAGUCCUGGAAAUCUCACCUGAUGGGGAAGGAAAGCUGUAAAAUGAACCAGCGCAGGAUGCAGAGAACACAGCAGGUGCAGCAAGGAAAGACGGGAGGUCUGUCUGUGACAAAACCAGGGGUGAAGGGUCGAUCCCCGUCUAUUGUGACCAAGAUCCCAGCCCCUAAAACCGGACUCAACAAAACAAGCAGCAGGACCCCGGCCAAGCAAUGACCCUGUGUGGCUCACACCCUCGCUACACAGCGCAGGCAGUGUGCAUUUUAGUUCUUCCUAGGAUGAUGUAAGAAAAAUACAGUAUGCAUCAGGACCUAAUUUGAUACAGUUUUCCCUUUACAAUAUAUUGAUUCAUAAGAACCCAUUUGUACAGCAUUGUGUCUGUAGAUUCUGUUUUUAGGAAUGCUUCGCAGUUUCUUACAGUUGGUGCCUUUUGUGAUCCCUGCAAGAGAGUGUAGACUUCUUGCUUCUUUUCUGACGUUAUUCUGUAUUCUGCUGCUGUAGAUGCUGUGCUAUUUUCUUAUUACAAAUAGAUAUUCUAUUUUUUGAUAUUUGUAUAUAUAUAUAUAUUUUUUUUUAGAUAGAUAAGUACAAACACUACAGUAUGUAUGCCACGCAAAACCUUUAAAAUAUUGACUAAAUGGAUAGUCAAUUUCGACUCUAUAAGAAGCAAUACUGAUAUAAAAGUUACAAUAACAGGAGGUAUUAGGCAGCCUUCAAAUCUUAUGCACACUAGUUGAAAAGACAAGUACGUAAAUGUUCAGUUUUAAAAUCACCUUCACAUCUUUACGAUUUGCCUAUUGAUGUAAGUUUAAACUGCUUCAUUGAAACACUGGGGUUUUUUUUUGCCAAACAUGCCUUAUACUGUAAAAAGUGCUAUACAUUUUAAUCAUAGAAAAGUGACAGUCAUAUUUAUUCAUGAGCAAACUACUAAAAACUUGAACAGGCUGUUAAGGUAAAGGGAAUUCUAAAUAAUAUUGUAUUUUACAUUGCAUAUAAUAGUACAACAUAAAUAUCCAGAAUUAUAAUAAGUCCUUUAGUGAGUCUUAUUGACAGUGUCCAUAUAAUGUUUAGAUGCACUUUGUGCAGUUUUCAUGGUUUCUAUGCAUGCAUUUGUGUUUUUCCAUAAAUCCCAGUGAGGAAGUCUUUUCUAUUAACCGUACAGAUUAAUGUAAAAACAUUCCCUUGAGUUACAUAGAAAGCAGUGAAGAGUCCCUAGUAUUGUGAAGGGGCUGAGGAAUGUGGAGGAGCUCCUGCUGAAACCUGAUGAACAGCAAUUUGAUCUCCUGGGAUCAGUGAUUAACUCUCUUUGUGUCUAGAGCAAAGCAAUACCCGAUCAUUCUGUUCCUCUGUCAACACUGGAUCCAAAACCUCCUGGUUUUAUCGUUCGUGAUUUCUCCCUUUUUCUAAAUCCAGAUAUUCGGAACAUUGCAGAGCUCUCUUCUUGAUUAUAGGAAAACCUGUCAAUAUGUUAGCCAGCUCUUGCCAGCCAUCAAAACCCUGGGGCACUCGAUUAUAAGUCUAAGUUUGCUCAGUGAAAGACUUAUUUUGAAAAUGUAGUUUCCUAGUUGGAUACACUUCUGGUUAACAAUAUUACAGAAUCCCUACAAUAAUGCAAAGCUACAGGGCGGUUAUAAUUUGUACAGUGUUUGUAGUUGGAUAUCAGCCAGGACCAGGAAAGACUUAUCUACAGUACAUGACGUGAAAGAGCAGGGUCAUAAACCGAAUGCUCAGUAACUCCACACAUGCAAGUUAUUGGCUUGGUUUGGUUGAGAAGUAAAUAGCAGUAUAAAAUAUCCCAAAGUUUUUAGUGUUUUUUGUUUAUUUAUGAUUUUAUCAAAUUUUAUUAGUCUAUGUGUGUGUUUUUUUUAA